CGUUUCGUAUGAGGGUGUCAGCCGAGAAAACGACUGUUCCACACCAAUCCGGAGGGUGGCGCUAAUGCAGCGAAAAGACGUUUGUUUUACCCCUGUUAAACAAGGACGAAGAAGCCUGCCCAAUACCAUAGCUACACACUAACCAUACAAUGAGUAACUGUCAGUGAAGUUUUACAGUUACAGUCGUUACUGGCCGUCAAAUGUGGAGGUUAAACAAAGUUCGUCACAAAGCCGGACGACCAGGCGGCAGCUUGGAGGAGCUCAGGCUGAAGAGGCGAGAGAACGAGAGAGCACUGAGACAGGCACGCAGAGACAGGCAGCUGGUGAGCAAGAGACUACUGCUAAAUGAAGAUGAGGAGCAGCUGGACGUUAGCAUGGACACAGCCCCAGGAGGACAUGACAUUGUUAGUCUGCUCCACAAACUUCAACACAGCGGGACAGAUAAGGAGGCACACCUGAAGGCCUUGAGUAAAGUUCUGCGGGACCCAUCUGCACAGCUCACCUUUAUCAAGCACGAGAACAGUAUGCAUCUGCUGGUCGGCCUCCUCACUGGCUCUAAUGCUCAGUGCCGCCUGCAGGCCGUUCGGUGUCUUCACGAGCUCUCUCACUCUUCCCACACUAAUGUGGCUCCAGCCUGUCUGCCUGCUACCCCUUACCUGCUCACUUACCUGUCUGGCCCAAGCACUAAGUUUACAGAGCUGUGUCUCUACACACUUGGUAACAUGUGUCCAGACAGCGAUGUGGUAAGAGAGAAGCUCCUCGCUCAGGGAAUCAUUCCCGCUCUGGCCAGCUGUAUAGAGAACCAACGACACAACCUUGCAGUAGUGGAAGCUGCAGCAUUCACCCUCUCUCAGCUUCUCCAGGCCAGAGACGCACCCGAGAAGAUAAUCCCAAUGGUCCUAAAGUCUACCUUGCCUUCACAUUUGUUAUCCGUCCUUACCCCCGACCCACAGUUCGGCCUGGCUCCUGCCAUAGAGUGUGCAUGGUGUCUCCAUUACCUCAUAUGCAGCACAGAAGAUAACAAAGAGCUGCUGGCUCAGGGUGCCCUGUCACAGUGCAGCUCCUUGUUAGUGUCACUAGGUGGUGCUGUGACCGAGGGAAACAAAGAAGACGGGCUCGAGCUGCUCAUCUGGCCUCUGUUGAGGUGUGUGGGAAACCUCUUGUCCUCCUGCCCGGUGGAAGACCUGAAUGCUCACCUGAGUGAUGCUCAUCUGCCGGCUUCUCUGUGUGCACUUGUUCAAGCCUACCUGCACACCCUGCCAGCCUUGGCCAGAGAGACCGUCUGGGUCCUCAACAACCUCACAGCUCACUCCACUGAAUUCUGCUCCACCCUCUUGACUCUAAACUUGGUUCCAGGACUGAUCCAACUUCUCCCUUCUCUGAGUGUAGUUUCCUGGAAAUGGAGGGAACUCAGACAACAACUAGAGAGGACAACAGAAAGAAAUGGGGAUCAGGGGACUAGCAGCAACGUGCCGAUGUCCAGCAAACCUCUGCAUCACUUUGUUGAAAAGGAGCCCAGAUGUCUUGGGAUUGUCAGCCUGAUGUUUGGCUGUGCUGAGUUGUUAAUGGGAUUUCAACUGUUCGGUCAAGAAUUGAUGACCUCUGCUGAACUCUACUGAGCUCUGGUCCGUGUUUUAACAUUUUACUGGCUAGCAUCGACACGCUGGCAACUGAAAAUGAAUGAACUGAUUAUAUCUUAUAAAGUAAUCCGCUGCAGUUUUUGUUCACAAGAAGUUGAAAAUAAAGUUUGUGAGCUGAUCCAACACCUCUUAAAAUCUGGAUUCAGCAUUUUGAAAAAACAGCUUUUUAGUCAGACGUAGAUGGAAAUAGCUACACUUCUAAAAAUAUUUCAAUACUGCCUGUGUUACAAAUAUGAGGCCGCAGUCAUCAGUUUGUUGCCUUAACAGCACAAACAGCCAUGAUACACAGAUGUAAUAGCAAAAUGUACAACAAUAGUAAAAUUAAUAUUAAAAUAAGCAUUAACUGUGAAGUUGCAUCAUACAGAAUAUUCUUAUUGAAUAAGGCCACUGGUCCCUGGGCUAUUCAACUUUCAUCUACCUUCUGAAUCUUAGCCUUCAUUUUGAUCAAAAAAUACAUUUUAUGACUUAAAUAAAAUGAACGAUGAGAUAAAAGCGACCUUGAAAUUUCAAGUUAUUUUCAAGUAUAACAUUUGACCACUGAAACCCUUAUUUUUGCUGUAAUUUGGCACUUUAUUAAAAUAAUAGUAAUAAUAAUAAUGCAUUUUACUAUUUUUUCAGUUUUUGUAAAACAGUAAAUUUAAACAUUCUUAUUUGGUUUGGAUAACAACAAUAAUUGUAUUUUAACAUUAAAAAUAUAACUCUAGUUAAGGAGUGUGUGUAUACUGAUGGAUUAACCACUACAGAAACAUAAAAAACAACUUUGGUAAUUACCACUAAUUUUCAUUUAGUAAAGCUGUGGGAUAAACAUUACAUUGUGAGGUGGUCAAAUACAUUUUUUAAGCAAUGUAACUCAGUUGAGAUAAUAAUAAUGUUGACAUAUCAACAUUACGUCCAAUUAUUAUCAGGGUAUUAUCAGGGCGGCACGGUGGCGCUGUGAUUAGCACUGUUGCCUCACAGCAAGAUUCCACCACCCGUCGGGGCCUUUCCCUGUGGGGAGUGCAUGUUCUCCCUGUCUUUGUGUGGGUUCUCUCUGGGUACUCCGGCUUCCUCCCACAGUCCCAAGACAUGCAGUUAGUGAGGUUAGGUUAAUUGGUCAUUCUUAAUUGCCCAUGCGUGUAAAUGUGUGUGUGAAUCUGAGGGUUUAAAACAUACUUAUUAGAAACUCCUUUUUUAUCGUUAAUAUCGUCAUCAGACCUUUGGUAAUUUUGGAAGCUAUGUAGAAAAUCUAUUAUGCGUGUCAUCUUUUCAGAGAUGUCCAAAAUUUUGCAUGUAAUUGUAUCUGCAUUGUUAACAGUGUCUAAUUUGUCUUCGACUAUCACUAAACUUUGCUUUGUACUCUGCACUAAAUGUUUAAACCUUUGAUUUUAUCCCCAAACAACAUCUCAGGUGCCACAGUGUUUUUUUGUACAUGUAUUCUGUAUCAGCGUUCUUUAAAAAAAUGGCCCAAGACCUGUUUGGGUUGGCAUUAAGAGUGAACUGCAGUAGCACAUUAAAAACUUUAUGUAUUAAGAAACAGGAGUAGUUGUUCUAAUAUAUGUGCAAGGAAUUUACUCCAUCAGUGGUGGAUAAAACUCAUGAAGACACUGAUAUCAAAAACAUUUUGGUCUUUUAUUUCAGGAGAUUUCAUUAAGUAGACAAACAGUAGUUGAACAUUUUGACAGAAGUCUCCCCCUGGUGUUGGUAGUGCAGGGAGGAUGGGCACCCAGCGGGAGAUUUUCUUGUAGUUAUAUUUGGUCCAUGUGCAAUUUUUAAUUCUUUUUUCUUGGUUUAGUGUUCACAGUAUUUAAUAUACGUAGCUGGCAGUGUACAGA